UAAAUGGUCCAAGCUCUAUGCAUCAGCUUUUGAUUGGAUGAGAAUUGGUGCAUUUUCCUUCGACUCGCCAGAUGCAUUCCUCAUGGAGAAUCUUAUCUGCCCUCCAAAGCUUCCAACGGAAGAUACCGUGCAGAAGAUGUUGGACUCUGGCGGGUCAUGUAUAUUGCACAACAUCAAAACUGGAAUAUGGAUAGCAGAUUUACAGCUUGUUCGGUGCCCUGUAUGUGACCUGAACGCAUGUGAUGGAACAACGCAGGUACUGGAUGCCAAACACUUAAAGCUCUUCCUCAAUGACGGGUUUGUAAAUGGAAGCUGGGAGUACGAGCUGGUAGGAUCUCAUGACAUCAAAAGACAUGUAAACAGUGCAUCUGGUGGCAUUUUGGACAUCAAACGCUUUAAUAGUCCAUACACAGCUGGCAAGGAAUCCGGGACGUCAAGUGGACACGCCGGAGGUGAUACCCGCGGAAAAGGUGUGCUUUGAAGGUAUGAAUGAGGUCCUCCCGGAUGGCGAUCAAGUGCAUGUCAAGAACCGAACACAUAAAUCGAAGCUUCCGCACUAAACUUAAUUUUGUCUAAACUUUAAACAUGUCCUAUUUUCUUUUGUUGACUAUGUUUUAAAUCCCUCGAACUAGUGAUUAGUAUACUAGCAGGGGUUACUUUUAUCUAGUUAUGCAAUAUCUUGGAUGUGGUUGGUAUCAUCACAGUAUGUAUGGAAUUAAACUCGAAAGGUUUUUGUAAA